UACAAUUUUUUUUAACUUGCCUGCAUCUAAACAGAAAAUCUUACAUUUUUCAUAAAUAUGCCCCUCGCGACUAAAUCGCAUCGGUGGUGCUUUGCUAAAUUAUCCCGGCACUCUAAAAACUUUUGUAAAGCGGUUGUUUUGUAGAGCCGACACACAGUCGGCUUGGCAUUCAUUUGUUCAGCGACCUUAAGGCCAGCUUUUCAGUUUACAAGCGUCCACAGUCACGAAAGGACGUAAGAAAACGCUCUCCAUUUUAACACAGACGCGGUAAACAAAACACGCACGGAAUGACAUUUUAACCGACUGACAGCUGCCAAAGUUCGUUACCAGUAUGAAGUUGGCGCGAGUACUCGUCGUUUUCGUUUGUUUUUUCGGUGCUGGGAGAGCUGUUCUGAGGUGCGAGAAGAUCACCAUUAAAAUGUGCUCGAAUUUAGGAUACAACACGACUUUGAUGCCCAAUUUGAUGGGUCAUGAGUCCCAGAAUGAAGCAAAUCUAGAGUUACACUCGUACGAACCGUUUUUGAGCCACGCAUGUUCGCAGCACAUAAAGCUGCUCAUAUGUUCGGUUUUCGUUCCGAUGUGUUCCGAACACGUUCCUAGACCGAUACAGGCCUGCAAAAGUUUGUGCGAGAACGUCAAAGCCGACUGUCUGUCGUCUUUGGAGGGGCACGGAUUGAAAUGGCCGUCCGAACUCAACUGUUCAAGGUUUCCCGAGGCUCCGGAACUGUGCAUGCAGCAACCAAGUGAGACGAUUCUGUCCCCCAAUUUUGUGAAUCCUAACGACUUAAAGUAUAAUUCAACAAAUUGCCCUCAAAAAACGAAAGCUAGAGGAUCAAAAUGUGUUCCUAUUUGUAAAUACAAGCAGUUGUUUAAAAAGGAUGAAGUUGUUACGUUUGAGAUUUGGAUAGCAGUUUGGUCCAUUAUAUGUUUGGUUUUCACUGUGAUUGCUUUACUGACCUUUCUCAUUCAACCAAAGAGAUUUAGAUGGCCGGCAAGACCAAUUCUAUACCUAACAGCCUGUGGAUUCGUUACAUCAACCAUAUACCUUAUUAGGUGGGUUGAAGGGGCUUACACUUGCUCGGGUAAAUACAGUGAAUCGCAACUAGAAAAACCUUCGGAAAGCCUUUCUUGCGUGGGCAUAUCUCUCAUACUGGUGUUCUGCGACAUAGUCUAUUCCCUGUGGUGGUGCGUUUUCUGCUUCGUGUGGUUUCUCAGCGCGGCCAAAGAAUGGUCCACCGAAGCCAUAGAGAAAAUAUCCACCCGCCUCCACACUUCCGUGUGGAUUUGCAGCGCCCUCCCGAUGCUGUACAUCCUCAUCUCCAACAACAUCCACGUGAACGCCAUCUCCGGAUUCUGCGAGAUCAAAAACAUGUCGCUGAUCAUGUUCCAGCUGAUAUUCAUGGUGAUCAGCGCGUUUCUAACCGUUCUAACUGCGCUGGCGCUCAAAAACGUCAGGACGACUUUGAUGGAAGCCGGGAGAUCGCCUUUCAAGCUCGAAAUCCUCUUCUACAGGCUGCUCAUAAUCAGCGUGGGCAUAAGUCUCCCGCACAUCUGCUAUUUGCUGUGCCAAUUUUACGACACGUACAACGUCGCCUUGGUGAAGUUGGUGCUGAGGACCGUCAGCAUAAUUUUCUCGACGCUUUGGGUUUAUUCGCCGAAGACGUUCAGAACGUGGAACGACCUGAUUUGUUCCGCGUUCAAAUCCAAACCGGAAACCGGGGUGAUAACGGAGAAACCCAAGAAGAAAACCCUACUGAAAGCCUUAAUCCCCAAGAUAUUCAAAAACGGGGGGAUCCCUCACCUGGGACCAGUCACCAAAGUCUAAAUUUCGAAUUGGAAAUCUCCAAAAAAUAUUCACUGUGGUUAAUUGUGCCUUGUAUUUUUCAUAGGUUUUAUAGAUGAUGAACAACUAUUUUGCUAGUGUGGCGUUUAUGUAAGAUAUUGUAAAUGUAUUUAUUUUAGGUUUAGGAUACAUUGUGAUAUUAGGGUUAAGUUUAAAUGUGAAAUACGUGGAUGAAUGAUUUUUGUAACGGUUUGCUUACAUGACAAUAAAAUAAGUUAAAU